CCGCAACAAUAGCUCCUGCCACUGCCGCGUUGCGCUGUCCAACGCUUCGCGCUACUACUAGUAAAAAAAAAAAAAGAACCCAGAGCACAAACCACCAACCCGUCCCGAGCAGCAACGCACAGGCGCACAGCUCCGGAGCUCCAAGCCUCACGCCUCCUCGCCUCCUCCGCCGCGCCGAGCUGCGGUUGUCGCGCCCGCACGCGCGACCUCCCUCCCCGGUGAGUGAGAUCUGCGGAGCCGGGCAUGGGGUGACCAGAUCGGGGCCGCUCCUCGUUGUUCUCUUCCUGAAUUCUGGUCGGGGCUCGUCUCCGUCUCUUGGUGGCGGCGGGGAUGGCGAACUUCGGCUCUGCCUGCGGCUCAGGGAGUUCUAGUGAUGCGCUGUACCGGGAACUCUGGCAUGCUUGCGCUGGCCCGUUGAUUACGGUGCCUCGCCAAGGCGAGCUGGUUUACUACUUCCCCCAGGGUCACAUGGAACAGCUUGAAGCAUCUACAGAUCAACAACUUGAUCAGCACUUACCUUUGUUUAAUCUACCAUCCAAGAUUUUGUGCAAGGUGGUCAAUGUAGAGCUUAGGGCUGAAACUGAUUCCGAUGAAGUUUAUGCUCAAAUUAUGCUGCAACCAGAAGCAAAUCAAAGUGAACCCACCAGCCAAGAUUCCGAGCCUCAGGAGCCCGAAAAAUGCAGUGUCCAUUCCUUCUGCAAGACUUUGACUGCUUCAGAUACGAGCACCCAUGGUGGAUUCUCUGUCCUUAGGAGGCAUGCCGAAGAAUGUUUGCCCCAACUGGAUAUGACUCAGAAUCCACCAUGGCAAGAACUGGUCGCUAAAGAUCUCCAUGGAAAUGAAUGGCAUUUCCGUCAUAUCUUUCGAGGACAACCAAGGAGGCAUCUACUUACAACAGGCUGGAGUGUUUUUGUUAGCUCGAAAAGAUUGGUUGCUGGUGACGCAUUUAUCUUUUUGAGAGGUGAGAAUGGAGAGCUACGAGUCGGGGUAAGGAGGCUCAUGAGGCAACUAAAUAACAUGCCGUCAUCAGUUAUAUCAAGCCACAGCAUGCAUCUUGGAGUCUUGGCAACUGCAUCUCAUGCUAUCUCCACUGGAACUCUCUUUUCUGUUUUCUACAAGCCCAGGACAAGUCAAUCUGAGUUUGUCGUUAGUGUUAACAAGUACCUUGAAGCUAAGAAUCGCAAGAUGUCUGUUGGAAUGAGGUUUAAGAUGAGAUUUGAGGGUGAUGAAUCUCCUGAAAGAAGAUUUAGUGGAACAAUUAUUGGUGUGGGAGGCAUGCCAACUAACUCAACAUCUCCAUGGGCAGAUUCUGACUGGCGAUCUUUGAAGGUCCAGUGGGAUGAGCGUUCUGCUGUUCCAUGUCCAGAUAGAGUUUCACCAUGGGAACUAGAACCACUUGACGGAACUAAUCUGCAGCCGCCUCAGCCUCCUUCAAGAAAUAAGCGAGCACGACCUCCUGUUUCACCUUCUAUUGCUCUAGAACAUCCUCCAGUUUUCGGCUUAUGGAAAUCCCCAGCUGAGCCUACCCAAGCUUUCUCGUUUUCGGGACUGCAGCGAACUCAGGAACGAUACCCUUCAAAUCCCAAUUCGAUCUUCUCAUCACCAAUGAAUGUUGGAUUCAAUUCAAGGAAUGAGUGUUCUACUCUAACCAGCAAUCAUUUUUACUGGCCAAUGCAAGACACAAGAGCCGAUCCCUACUCUGCUAGCAUUAACAAAGUUCCGCCUGAAAGGAAGCAAGAACCUUCUACUGCUGGCUGCAGAUUAUUUGGUAUUGAGAUAAGUUCUGCAACAUCACCAGUGGUUACUGUUGCUAGUGUUGGUCAAGACCAACCACCUGCUGCCUCGGUAGAUGUUGAGUCCGAUCAGCUCUCACAACCAUCCCAUGCCAACAAAGCGGAUGCCCCAGCAGCAAGCAGUGAGCGCUCUCCUCAUGAGACUGAAAGCCGGCAAGUCAGGAGCUGCACCAAGGUAAUUAUGCAAGGAAUGGCAGUUGGAAGGGCAGUGGACUUGACGAGGUUAGAUGGGUACGAUGAUCUUCACCACAAGUUGGAAGAGAUGUUUGACAUCCAGGGAGAGCUCUGUGCCAGCCUCAAGAAAUGGAAGGUUGUUUACACAGAUGAUGAGGAUGAUAUGAUGCUGGUUGGGGACGAUCCAUGGCAUGAAUUUUGUAGCAUGGUGAAAAGGAUAUACAUUUACUCUUACGAAGAGGCCAAGUGUCUGACUCCCAAGGCCAGGCUGCCAGUCAUUGGUGACACCAUCAAGCCAAACCCGAGCAAACCGCCUCCCGAAUCGGACAUGCAGCAGAGUUAUUUUAACAACAACGCCCCAGUUGCCGAUAAGGACUGAUGAAUGCUAACUUGGCUAUAUCUUUUCCUCAUUUUUGGAUUUUGAGCAUGGGAGGCAAUGCCCAUGCUCCUUGAGACUGCUAGGAGUCAUGGCUUUCUUGUCCAGUGCUUGGUUUUGGGGGAGAGGAAUGGCAGACCUGCAAGACCGCCGUCCUUCUCGCCGGCGGGCCGCGUCUCUCGCCACCAGUAAAUAGGACUUACGUACAACUAUUUUGGUAGCCCAUAAAUAGUAUAUAUAGCAGUAUCAUGCCCCCUGUUGUAGCAUCUGUAGCUGGUUUCCCUGCAUUUUAUUCGCAGUUGGUGUUGGAUUCUUUUGUGCAAACCGUCAA